AAUUCUGAAGGAAUCCCUCGAGAAGCUUCAGCAUAUUUGUAGAUCCGUGUCAAAUAUUGUGCUCAGCAUCUCAAAGUUGACUACUCUGUAUGAAAAUCGGCGUUUGUCCGAACAGUUAUAAACCACAGUGUACAUGCGCUUGUGGUACAUUGUUUUAUGUGUGUUUGCUGUCAUGCUGUUUGUUAAAUUAGACCAAAAUCUGUGUCCCAUUAGAAUUGUGCUUAUGUUACUGGAUCAAGUUUAUCUUACACUAUUGUAAAUAAUAAGUAGCAUUGUGAAAGUGCAAGUAAACAGCAUGAAGAGGCAUUAUGUCGGCAAAGAAACUCAUUCGUCACGGUGCAAUAUUUUCAAUGUCAUGGUACAUGAAAGCUCUGGCUAGUGCAUCUCCCCUCGGUGACUUCACACCGUGCUACCUCAAUUAAUUAUCACCACCGCGACGGUGCCAGGUUUUGCAUGCUGCAUGCAGUUACCUCAAAGACCCAGUUCCCGAUUAGUCUAGUGCGGUGAGCUAACGGUAUCGCAAGAACUGCUCCGGAACCUAACUCUUCCCGAUUCCAGCCCAAGAUGGUAGUCAACUCAGUACGCAGUCCCGCGUCGACACCGUCGGAUGUAGUCGGCUUUGAAAGUUCUUCGGAGCCAACACCGUCCAUCGAUCGCCAAUUCUCCUACUAUCAUCGUCCGCAUCCGUUUGUUUUUACCAUGUAUUCACCGAGCUACAACCCGUACUACGGCCCGUCGCAUCCCGGAGGACCGGUGUCGGCUCCGGGCCCUCCAUAUCCGGUAUACUCCGCAGCGGAUAGCUCCCAGGGUCACAGCACCAAGUACGGACCUCCUCCUCCCAGUUCGUCCGGGUAUGGCGGUGGGAGUAGUGGCCACGGAGGCAGUUCCUAUGGACCGCCUGGACCUCCCUCCGGUGGUUACGAGUAUCAUCCCCCACCGCACCACCCUCCACCGGUGUCGCAUCCGAUUCCAAUCCACAUCCACAAAUCGAAGCCGAAGAAGGGCAAGGGAGCCGCCCUGUCUGCGCUGACACUGUUGGCGUUUCUGUACUUUUUGAACUUGCUGCAAAGCUGCUUGAAGGAGCACAUGGACACGAUGAAUCCGACCAUAAGCUGUCGGACCUUUCGGAUGCUGUGGAUAUAA